AUGAAUCAUCGCCUUGUAUUAGUAGCUUCCACUUCACUGCGUCGUCACGUACUGACAGCGUCUACCUUGCAAGCAACUAAGCAUUUCUUUCCACUUCGAUGGAGUUCAAAUACAUCGUCGAUUCCGCUCAAGCCUUCAGUGCAAGUGCUACACAAUAAGCCCCAAACAAGUUAUGUACAAGUGGAGCAGAACAUCGCCUCCAUGCAACGUGAAAUUCGCGAUGCCUACAACUCUGGUGACUACCAAGCCGCACUAGAGGUCGGUUUUCAGUGCCGAGACCUGGUAAAGUCGCAUUUUGGAGAAAAUCACCCGGUAUACGCCAGCACAAUAACCAACAUUGCACUUAUGUACAAAAAUUUGGGCCAGACAGAAGAGGCUAUAGAGUCUUAUGAGUUCGCACUACAAACAUACAAGGCCAGUGUGGGCGAGCAACACGCAUCUUUCGCAACAACGCUAUAUAACCUCGGGCUUGUUUAUCGGUCAUUAUCCAUCUCUACUGCCGGAAUGGAACGCGUGACAGCACUGCACCGUGCACUUGAGUGUUUUGAGGAGUCACUCAAGAUUCGCCGUGAGAUUCUCGAGCCGGGGCAUGCGGAUAUUGCGCUCAGUAUGAGCAACAUAGGUGUCAUCUACUGGCAAAACAAGCAGCCAGACAAAGCCUUUGCUGCACUCAUUGAGGCGGUGGAUUUACUAGAAAAGAAAGUGGGCGCAAACAGCGUGCUUACGGCUCUGGCAAAGAACAACCUUGCUUUCGCCAAAAAAGAGGCUCGCGAGUACGAUGAGGCCAUCAAGCUUUAUAAGGAAGUGUUGAGUGUUCGAAAACAAAAGCUUGGCCAAGAUCAUAACGAAACAAUCAUAGCAUGUCAUAACCUUGCCGAGGCCUACCGCUCGAGCGGAAAUGAGGACAAGGCUGUGCAUUUACAGAAUGAGAUUCUGGACCUAUUCGACGGUGAGGUUGGGUCGAAUAGGACAUAA